AUGGUGUCUGCUCCUAAAUCGUCGCAAUUCAGCGAUGCUGCUCUGCAGCGUCGUCUGGCCCUCGUGGGCAAACCUGGGCCACAAGCAAUCUUGAGGAACAUCCGAGUGUUUGGCAUCGCAAGUUUUGCAUGUAUUGGAGGGCUGCUGUAUGGGUACAACCAGGGCGUCUUCAGUGGGGUUCUGACGAUGAAUUCCUUCAACAAACACAUGGGAGACUAUACAACCAAUUCGACUAAGAAAGGAUGGCUCACCUCGAUUCUCGAAUUGGGCGCGUGGACUGGCACCAUGUACUCUGGUUUCCUAGCAGAACUGAUCUCGAGAAAGUAUGCCAUCAUUGUCAACACAGUGAUUUUCAUCCUCGGUGUUGUUGUACAAUGCACUGCUCGCGAAGCGGGACACUCUGCCAUCCUUGGUGGUCGUUUUGUGGUUGGUAUGGGUGUCGGAUCACUGUCCAUGAUCAUUCCCAUGUACGUGGCAGAAUGUGCUCCACCAGAACUGCGAGGCUUUCUCAUUGGUAUCCAACAACUUGCGAUCGAGUUUGGCAUCAUGGUUAGCUUUUGGAUAGACUAUGGCACGAAUUUCAUUGGUGGCACAGGCGAUGGGCAGUCGGAUGCAGCAUGGCUGGUGCCACUAGCACUUCAACUUGCACCAGCCAUCAUUCUUCUGGUGGGCAUGUUCUUCAUGCCUUUCACUCCUCGAUGGUUGAUUCACCACGGUCACGAGGAAGAUGCGCGGAAGACUUUGGCGCUCCUUCGAGCCAUGCCUGUCGAGAACGAACUCAUUGAUCUCGAGUUCCUGGAAAUCAAAGCCCAGUCAUUAUUCGAAAAAAGAACAGUCGAAGCCAACUUUCCUCACCUUGCUGAAAUGACAACUACCAACAUCAUCAAACUGCAGUUUGUCGCUAUUGGAUCCCUUUUUAAGACCAUGCCAAUGUUUCGUCGGGUUAUCGUUGCGACUGUUACCAUGUUUUUCCAAGUAAGUAUCAACGCAGUCCUUUAUUAUGCCCCACAGAUUUUUGGAGCUCUGGGAUUGUCGUCAAACACGACUUCGCUAUUGGCGACGGGUGUGGUAGGUAUUGUGAUGUUGAUUGCGACAAUUCCAUCCAUUAUCUAUAUCGACAGGAUGGGUAGAAAGCCUGCACUUGCACUGGGCGCACUGGGAAUGGGGUUGUGCCACUUCAUCAUCGCGGUUAUCUUCGCCAAGAAUGAGAAACAGUGGGAGACACAUCAAGCUGCGGCAUGGGCUGCUAUUGUCAUGGUCUGGCUAUUUGUUGUCCAUUUUGGUUGGUCAUGGGGUCCCUGUGCGUGGAUUGUGGUCGCCGAAGUGUUUCCACUUUCUUCGAGAAGUUAUGGCAUAGCCCUUGGGGCAUCGUCCAACUGGAUGAAUAACUUUAUCGUCGGACAAGUGACACCAGAUAUGAUUGUUCACCUGAGAUACGGAACAUUCAUAUUGUUCGGCAUGUUGAUCACAAUUGGGGCUGGGUUCAUCUGGUUCUAUGUGCCCGAGACCAAACAGUUGACUCUGGAGGAGAUGGAUAUUAUCUUCGGCUCGAGUGGAGUCGCAGCUGCGGAUCAAGAACGCAUGGCUCAGAUCAAUGCCGAGAUCGGGCUGGAUCGUAGACUCCAAGGAAGUGGUCACGGAAGCGAUGAGCACGUGGGAGAGGUUACGGAGAAGGGGGGGCUGUCGAAAGAGGUUUGAGAGACAAGGAAAGAGAAGACCAUCAGGGUCCUGGUGCGACGGCCAGUCGGGGAAAUGGAGGAUAUAGCAAUGGAGAAUGAGAGGAGACUCGGCUGGCAGAUUGAGCCGAACAGGGUGUGAAGCACCUACAGUAACAGGAGUUUUGUAGUGAGAGAUGUUUACAAGUUGAGGUUGAGAAUAGGCGUAGGAAAGAGCUUGCAGCGAGAUGUAGGUACUAGGUAGGUAGUGACGCAGGAGGGUGCAGG